AUGCUUUUCGCCAUUGUGCUUCUGCCUGUUUCAGUUCAGUGCAUUCUUCUGAAAGUGUUCAAGCCUGCGGCAGUUCUUCCUUCGGAAAUCAUCCGACCCCUGCCCUUAAUGCGGCCCUGGUUUUUUUUCUUCUUGGUUCGCUGUGUUGUAGGGUGCCAAAGUGCGCAACGACACAGGCGAGUCUUUCGAAAAAGUCGGGCCCGACUCUCCGGUAGAAGGGAGUUUCUGCUAUCAAACAACCUCCCCCCCCCUUUGUCUCGCUCAUCAGGCAUUGUUUUCUUGCCAGUGGUCAGAGGUGGGGGGGCCACCGUAAGCUUGUGGGUGUUAUUUGGAGCUGUUGAAUCGGCGCAGCAUCCAAAAGUGUCUGGAAAAACUGUGGGGGCGAGUUGGAGCACCACUUGUACGGAUCAUUACGUUCACAAUGCACGAGACGCGGGGGGAAUACGUUGA